CCAUUCUCCACGGCUCUCCCAGGUGCCUUGACAGGGAGCUGGAUUGGAAGCAGAGCAGCUGGGACUCACACUCGCACCCCAGUAUAUGUUGGAGUUGCAAACAGCAGCAGUUUAAUCAGCUGUACCACAACCCAAUCCCCACAUAGCUGUUUGAUGGUCAGCAUAUGUUUUGAAAAGCAGAGAUCUUUCGUCUACUAGUUCACUGCCCCAGCUGCCUGCAACAGCUCGGGUUAGUCCAGUCUGAGUCUCCCCUCUGGAUAGCAUGGACACAUGUGCUGGAGCCAACACCUGCUGCCUCACAGGGUACAGGAAGCUGGAGUUGGACGCAGAGUCAGAAUUUGAACCCAGGCACCCUGAGAAGGAGUGCUCCAAGUGGCCUCGUAAUCGCAAGGCCAAGGGAUCUAAUAUAUGAAUAUAAGUUUUGUAAUAUUGGAAUAUAAGUUUUCCUUGGAAGACUAUGGUCUCAUCUCUCUCUCUCUUUUUUUUUUUUUUUUUUUUUUAAUCUAGAACAUUAGGGUGAUGAUGGCUAAUGCUAUGCAUGGCUCCUGUUACUAUUAGGAUUUAUCAGUGUGAAAACCGGAACAAUAAAAUAACCCUCUACCCAGCUGCUGUCAGUCACAUGGUUGGCCAAGCUUGAGUUUUUAUUUCAUGAACUACCGAGCUGCAUGGCCUCAUGCUUCUGCUGAAUAACAUUUACCAUUUAUUGAACAACUUGCUACACCGCUAUAGCAGAUAUUGUAUUAUUGUAUUACAAUAGUUCAGAUAUUAUAACUGAGGUAUAAAGAGGCAAACCCUUGCCCAGGGUCUCACAGCUAAGAAGUGGGGAAACUGAGAAAUAUGCCUCCUUCUUAAUGGUUAUAAUAAGUUAAAAUAAUUAAUUGAGAUCAUGUAUGCAAAUUAUAAUAUCCGCCAGCCACUGAAGACUUCUAUCCAGCAGGUGUGGUUCUAAACCGUUUGCAUGCGGAGUUCCUUCAGGACCCACCGUAGCCCUCUGCAAGAGCUGCUACUGUUCCCAUUACUAUGGAUGAGAAAACUGAGACACUGAAGUCAAAUCACUGGUUCAAGUUGCACAAGUUAAUACAUAGCAAAGCUGACCCGAGGAACCUGUCUGGAGAUAGUGCUGGGACCCCACUGACAGACAGUGAUUGCUAGGCUUCAGCAGAGGUGGGCCUAUCACAUAGAUGUCCCUGGUAGAAGCCACUGAAAGGACGCGCCCCCACUCCACCCCGACAAGUGACCAUGGAUCCGGGAGCAGGGUCAGAGUCAGCUCUGACUGUCAAUGAGCAGGUCAUCGUGAUGUCAGGCCAUGAGACCAUUCGAGUCUUGGAAGUUGGCGUGGAUGCCCAGCUCCCUGCCGAGGAGGAGGGCAAAGGACUAGAGGGUGCAGCUGCUGAGGGCUCCCAGAGUGGGGACCCUGCGGAAGCCCACGAGCCUGCCGGUGAAGCUGGGCCAGGCCACCCCAAGGCCCCUGCAGAGGCAACUGUCACUCGCAGGGACCCUUCCAAGUCCUGCCCCCAGCAUUGCCACCUUCAGCCAAGCCCCAAGCCAGCCUCAGGCGGCAUCGCAGACCCUGACGCCGCUGACAGUACAAGCUGCCCCCCAGGUCAAGUGGCUGGUCAGCAGGGGCUGGCCGUGUGGACAAUUCCUACAGCAACCGUGGCUGCCCUCCCCGGACUGGCCGCUGCUUCUCCCCCGGGGGCAGUGUUCAAGCCACCCUUAGCCGGUCUCCAAGCGGCGGCUGUGCUGAACACUGCUCUCCCGGCACCGGUACAAGCGGCCCCUCCGAUACAGACCUCAGCGGCCCAGCCCCGGCCACCAGCCCAGCCCCAGACGCUGUUCCAGACCCAGCCGCUGCUGCAGACCGCACCUGCCAUCCUCCCGCAGCCCGCUGCGGCCACCGCUGUUGCCCCCACCCCCAAGCCGGUGGACACCCCUCCCCAGAUCACCGUCCAGCCUGCAGGCUUCGCGUUUAGCCCGGGAAUCAUCAGUGCCGCUUCCCUUGGGGGACAGACCCAGAUCCUGGGCUCCCUCACGACACCGGUCAUUACGAGCGCCAUUCCCAGCAUGCCGGGGAUCAGCAGUCAGAUCCUCACCAAUGCUCAGGGACAGGUUAUUGGAACCCUUCCAUGGGUAGUGAACUCGGCUAGCGUGGCGGCCCCAGCACCAGCACAAAGCCUGCAGGUCCAGGCCGUGACCCCCCAGUUGUUGUUGAACGCCCAGGGCCAGGUGAUCGCAACGCUGACCAGCAGUCCCAUGCCUCCGCCUGUAGCUGUCCGGAAGUCAAGCACGCCUGAGUCCCCUGCUAAGAGUGAGGUACAGCCCAUCCAGCCCACACCUGCUGCAGCCCCGCCUGCUGUGGUCAUCGCCAGCCCAGCCCCUGCUGUCAAGCCAUCCGCCUCAGCUCCCAUCCCGAUUACCUGCUCAGAGACGCCCACAGUCAGCCAACUGGUGUCCAAGCCGCACACGCCCAGCCUGGAUGAGGACGGGAUCAACUUAGAAGAGAUUCGAGAGUUUGCCAAGAACUUUAAGAUCCGGCGGCUAUCCCUGGGUCUUACCCAAACCCAGGUGGGCCAGGCUCUGACUGCAACGGAAGGUCCGGCCUACAGCCAAUCAGCUAUAUGCCGGUUUGAGAAGCUGGAUAUCACGCCCAAGAGUGCCCAGAAGCUGAAGCCGGUGCUGGAGCGGUGGCUGAAUGAGGCCGAACUCCGGAACCAGGAGGGCCAGCAGAACCUGAUGGAGUUCGUAGGAGGCGAGCCCUCCAAGAAGCGCAAACGCCGCACGUCCUUCACGCCACAGGCCAUAGAGGCUCUCAACGCCUACUUCGAGAAGAACCCGCUGCCCACUGGCCAGGAAAUCACCGAGAUUGCCAAGGAGCUCAACUACGACCGCGAGGUUGUGCGGGUCUGGUUCUGCAACCGGCGCCAGACGCUCAAGAACACCAGCAAGCUGAACGUCUUUCAGAUCCCCUAGGGCUCAGCGCCCCCAGCCCCACCCCAGAUUCUAGCACUUUCUUCCUUCCCCUUGGCACCCGGCUGCAGCCACUGCUGUGGCAGAGCCUGUCCUGUUGCCACCUGCAGCCAUGCUUGCCCUGGGUUGGGGGACUCCAUUCUGUGCAUGUGCGACGAUGGCUCCCUCUGCCCUCUCCCACGCCCCACAUAGCUCACAUCCUCGGGGGGCCAGGAGUUGGAGGGACCCCCAAGGGAGCUCCAGGCCUUCGCUUGAGCAUGCUGAAGAGGGGGACUCUGUGGUGUCGCUUCGAGAAGCACUUUGUUCACGUGGUUUCUGAAGGGUGGAUUCUGGAUUGGAAACCAGAGACUCUCCGCUCCCUGUCGUUAGAACUGGCUGUGGCUAUCAGUCCUUGCUUUCCUUGUCAUGUUCUCUCUGCCCUGUCUCCUAUGGCAGGUGGGACAACUCUGCUGAUGGAAGCCUAGGCUCACGUUGCCUACUCCCACUUUCGCCUGCAGACGCACUGCUCCCCUCCCCUCCCAAAGACGAUCCAGGAGCUUAAAUUCAGACAGGUGUGACAUGCCACUCGGAAGUCAGACUCGAUGUUGGCCUUGGCCUUGGGGUCAGAAGGUUCCUACAACUCUGGAACCAAACCAUAUAAGUUCCUCUCCCGCCUAUUCCUGGUUCCUUGGAGGAACAGGGAAGACUGCACUAAAGCUGAGAAACCCUACAUACUCCAUUUUUUUUUUUUCUUUUGCAACUGUGUCGGACGAAAGCAACGGUGUGCUCUGCCUUCCCUGGCGUUGUCCAUGUCUGCAGCACAUGGAGAACUUGGUAGACUAGGCCUUUCUCCCAGAUUGUAAUCUAUUCUCUGUCCAUAGCUCUUCCCCCGCGCCCAACAAAAAGAGUGUGGAUUAGAGGAUAUGAAGUCUAGGACAUCCCACUGCCCAGGCAAGCAGGCAGCCCUGAAGGAAGAAUGAGGAACGGAAUGCCAACUUUUUCUCUUGUCCCACACCCUGCCCUGGCCUAGUACCAGGGCCAUCUCAAAAGAAGCAAAUUCAGUGAUGGACCAUACAGCAAGGCCCCUGGGGGAGACCUGCUAGACCCUGGAACGGCUCUUGUGGAGGUCAACUGAACUCCUCUGUAGCUUGAGGCCUUGAGCAUCAGAGAAGAAAUCUCAUUCUGUCCAGAGUCUCAUUCCAUGUCUGAAGGAAACCUCCACCAUGCUCCUUGCAAAGCCAGAACAUGCCCAGAUCAGGGUGGGCUUUGCCUCUAGCGAGGGUAGCUGUGGCACAUCUUGUCCAAGAUGACGAAUCUAUCAAAAUCGGUGCGUGACUAGAAAGUCAGGAGAGCACGAGAGAUGGGUUUGGAUGACCAGCAGGGGGCAGCCACUCACUCUUCCUCGUACUGCCUUCACAGAGCCUGGUCUCCAGCACCUGCUGCCAAGGUGGCAUCCCAUGGGAUCCGGGCCCUGUGAUGCUGUGGGGUGCCUCUCACAUGCACACACAUGCCCCCACUGCAUCUGACCAUUUGAACCAGCUGAGGAGGCAGGUGGGCAGCUUGCCUGGGGCGGUUCCCAGGAGAGGCAUCUCCAGCAGGAGGCUCCUUGUUUAUAUUCGUGGUGGUUUUCAGUGUACCACAGUCACGUGACACACUCAUCCAGGAAGAGUGUUGGGUAAGGAUGAAGUGUUCAGUCCAUACGUUAGAAAGCUGCAGCUUCCAUGCUGAGAUGACCCUUGCACUCAUGUAUGUGUUGUCUCUAGGUGAGAGUGCAUGGUGGGUCACAGGUGGAGUCCUAGGAGUGAUGCAGAGGCCAGGGUGUGGACACGUAACCUAUCUGUCCUGUGUCGUGGCAGGAAAAACUCCUGGAUCACUGGUCUGAAUUAGGCCUGGCCGUGCUUUCUUAGCCCCUCUCUGCACUGUUUUCCUAAGGCUAGGCUGAAUGCAAACAGUCUUCUCGAAGGAUGGGUCGUCCAUUCGGAGGAAUACCAGGACGAGAUGCUGCAGAGGCAGGUGCAGGAUCUCCCUAACCUGCACCCAUGGUGCAGCUUGCUGGCCUGUGACCUCUGCUGUUGUUUCCCCACCGUAGCACCCCAGGGAAACCGUCAAGCCGUGAGUCACACCCAGGAGGUGAGACUGGAAGGGAGUUGGUGCACAUUUUCUUUUGAAAGCAUCCAGAACUCUGUGGCCUCUGAGCCCUGGAAAGAGCAAAUGAUAAAGGCAGGAGUGGUUUCACUGUGUGUGGUAUUUGCUUAAGCGAAAGAAAAGCCAGAACUUUCUGCGGCUUGGUGAGUGAUCUUUGGCGCUGUGCUGCUGAUGGCAUCUGGAGUGGGGCCAGGGCUCAGGGAAGUCAACUCUGCCAAAUGGACCAAGAAGCACACCUGAAUUUGGAAGGAGAAGCCCUGAAGUUUUUCUGUUCCUGGAAAUCCAGGCACCUGCCUAGGUCCCUAUUUUUGUUUGUUGGUUUGUUUGUUUUCCUGACUCAGAGACCAGGCUUUGAGGUCCUGACAAAGUCUACUGAGGGCUGAAGGGAGGGCUAGGGGUGGCCAGAAUGGGAAGAAGCACUUGAAGUAGUUGUGUGGAAUAAAUGGUAUUUUUUCUUU